ACGUUGUCAGUCGCUCGCGCACCGCGGACCGCCUCACACGAGCGGCAACAUGAACCUCCCAGCGACUAUCAUCACAAUACUAACCGCGAUAUUCAUCAAUGAAGUCACACCCUUAAACAUACUAGGAGUUUUCCCGUACCAAGGCAGAAGUCACUUCUUCGUGUUCGAACCCUAUCUACGAGAAUUAGCAGCACGAGGACACAAUGUCACGGUCAUCACACACUUCCCACAGAAAACUCCCGUCAAGAACUACCAAGAUAUUAGUCUAGCCGGAACAUCUAUUCAAGUGGAAGGGCUUAUACCCGUCGAAAAGUCGUAUUUUACCUUAAUCAUGAUUGGAGUAUACCUGAUUGGUACCGGUACAGACAACUGCAAAGCGUUGUUGGCCAACGACAAUGUCCAAAAACUGUGGAAAUCUGAAGCUAAAUUUGAUGUGGUUCUAGUGGAACAAUUUAACAGUGAUUGCUCUUUAGGUUUGGCACACAAACUGGGAGCUCCCGUGAUCGGGCUCACCUCGCAUACUUUGAUGCCGUGGCAAUUGAAUAGAUUUGGGGUGGAGUUCAACCCAUCGUAUGUUUCCACGCAGUUCCUGAGUGGUGGAACAAAGCCGUCUCUAUUCGAACGCAUUGAGAGAGUUAUAGUGUACAAUAUCUUUAAUACCGCAUUCAAGUAUGCGAGCCAAAGGACAGAUGAGAGCACAUUGCGGGAGUACUUCGAUGAUGUACCGCCCCUCGAGGAACUGGCCCAGAAUAUUAGGGUCCAACUCGUGUAUACCCACCACACCUUGUCUGGAGUAAACUUGUAUCCCCCAAAAAUAGUGGAGGUCAACGGAUACCAUGUGGCUAAGCCAAAGCCACUGCCUGAGAAAUUGCAGAAAUUCAUAGAUGAAGCAGAACAUGGCGUCAUCUACGUAAGCUUUGGAUCCAUGUUGAAAGCUGCAGCAACGCCAAGGGACAAACUGGAAGCGAUCACCAAAGCUCUCUCUCAGCUCCCACAGAGAGUGAUCUUCAAGUGGGAAGAGAAGACUCUACCAGGAGACUAUAAGAAUAUUUACAUUUCUGACUGGCUGCCACAGAAUGAUAUUUUAGCUCACCCAAAUGUAGUCACGUUCUACUCCCACUGCGGUUUACUCGGGACUACGGAGGCUAUCUACCACGGCGUCCCAAUAGUGGGCAUGCCGAUCUUCGGAGACCAGCCCUCGAACGCAGCUGCAAUGGAAGAAAGUGGAAUGGGAGUGCAAAUUCAAACUACAGAGCUCACUACAGAGAAGCUGCUUGAGAAAUUCAAAAUCGUUCUGGACCCUCAGUUCAGAGCAAACGUGAAACGCCUCUCGAAAGUCUGGCACGACCGGCCAUCUUCGCCGAUGGACACCGCCAUCUACUGGACGGAGUACGUCGCCAGAAACCCUAACUUUACAUUUGUACCCCCCACUGUCCACGUCCCCUUCUACCAGUUUUGGUGCUUAGAUAUAUUAGCUGUAUUCAUUUUAAUUUCUCUCAUUAGUUUUUAUGUACUAAAAUUCUUGUGCUGUCUUGUAUGUAGAAGAAAAAGCAAAGAAGUAGUUAAGAAUGCUAACACUAAAAAGAAAUCUAAGAAAGACAAUUAAGAUCUGGUAGUAAAUAAAUAAUAUGUAAAUAUUAGAUUUUUUCUAGAAAAUUACACUUAACGGUCAUAUCGUGGGCACUUUAUUAUCGUGUCGUGUGAAAUUCAAAGUGUGGAAAAUCACAAAUCUUUAAGCACAUCACGACUCUCAAAUCAUUGCACAAUCUCGUGCCUACCGAUUCUCUGUCAAAAAUGUUAACUUUAUUACUUUACUUUAUCUAAUCAUCUGGUGUAUGUUUUGAGU